AGUACUUGCACCGUGAAGAACAUGUCAACGAGUCCUUAUGUUUCCUACUUGGGGCCAAUGUUUAACAACAUCAAUGGCGACAUUCGACACAUUUUCGGCAGCUCGGCGGCUUUGAAUUUCGCCAGCAACAGUUCUUACGUCUACACCGGGACAGGCACAGUACGUGGACUGCCUGUCAACAUCUGGACGACAUGCCUGACCUAUCCAAACACCAAAGCUCCUAUUCAAGUGACGUUCUACUUCAGUCAACCUGGAUGGAACACGUCAUGGUCACAGCAGCAGAUGCCGUUACGUGUUGAAAUCAAAGGUAUGACACAGUCCAGUACAUUUGGCAGUCUUACGACACAGGCCACGCCCAGAUAUUUUCACCAUAUGUAUGACUUCAUCAACUAUUUACCGACAGUUGAUCCCAAGUCUUCAGUAUUUCAACCACCAAGAAGAGUUGCUUGUGUAAAUAGAGUUAACACACACCCUCGACCUAUAUUUCAAUCCACCUUUACGUAUAAAGUUGAGAUCAUCAACCCUGUGGAUCAUGCGGUCACCCAUUCCCAAAUUUGGUACGAUGCUCGAGCUGGAUUGGUCAGGGAAGACACCAGGACAUUACAUCCAGACUUUCAAGUUAGAGUAAAUACAACAGUCACAGAGAUUCAUGACUUUAAUACAGGUACAGUCUAGCCUAGAAACAAGCAA